AUGGAGCCCGCUGGGGCUGCACCCAGCGGUGAUGUCUCACCUGAGCAGCGACAUGAACGUGAAAUAAAGGAUGCCCGCGAACGAACUCGUUUAUUACGCGAAAAGUUGGUGUUUCGUUGCAAAGAUUUAAAUAAAUGGAAGUUCUUUGUGCCGGCCUCAGUUGAGGUCCCACCCGAACCAGCAAAGGCUGAAGCAGAGAAGACGCUGUUUAACAUCAUCACAGGAUGCCUAUACGAUCCCACGACUCUAAUACCGCUGGAAGUGCAAGCGCUGCACAAAAAGAUCCUAGCAGACCCCGCUGGCGAGCGCUAUGAGGCGGCGCUUUCCUGCCUGGGGCUCUCCUCUCCCGAGCCGCUCAUCCACAAGCUCGCUUCCAUCAGCUUCAAAUUCGGCGCGCACGAGUUCAGCUGCCUCAAAAUCGGGCAGCUGGCCUUCGCGGAUGGCGUCCGGAUGUACGUCACGCGCGUGGACCGGCCCGCACUCACCAGGCUGACGGGCAUCGAGGACCCCGAGCGCCUCAAGCAGCAGCAGCAAGGGCAGCAGCAACCACCCGGCCAGGGAGGGCCCCAGCAGCAGCAACAGCAGCAGCAAUCCGGAGGGGGGCAACCAGGGCAGCAGGGACCCCCGCAGCCCCAGCAGCAGCCCCACAUGAUGAUGGGAGGCGGGCCGCAGGGACCCAUGGGUCAGGGCGGCCCCGGCGCGGGCGUUCCCGGGCCGGCAGGCGGCCUGGGCAUGGGCAUGGGGAUGAUGACGGA